AUGAAGCCACAGAAGGUGAAGGCAGCGCCAGUGGCAGAGCAGGCUUUUGUCCAACUCCGGCAGGGUGCGUCUGGCGCCAAGAGCAAGCAAAAGGACGGCGGGCUGCUGGCGCAGAUGCGCGCCAAGCUGUCGGGCGGCCGCUUCCGCUGGCUCAACGAGCAGCUGUACACCUGCCCCGGGGACGAGGCGCUUGAGCUCAUGCAAGAGCAGCCCCACCUCUUCAAGCAGUACCACGAGGGCUUCCAGCAGCAGACGACCAAGUGGCCCGUGCAGCCGGUGGAGGUGGCGGCGCGCUACCUGCGCGGCCACGGCAAGAACACAAUCGUGGCCGACUUCGGCUGCGGCGACGCGCAGCUGGCGGCCCAGGCGCGGCAGAAGGUGCACAGCCUGGACCUCGUCAGCACCACGCCAGGCGUCAUCGCAUGCAACAUGGCGCACACUCCCCUCGAGACUGCGUCGGUGGACAUCGCUGUCUUCUGCUUGGCGCUUAUGGGGACCGACUAUCCUUCUUUUCUAAUAGAGGCCCACCGCGUCCUGAAGCCCCGAGGGCUGCUUUGGAUUGCUGAGGUCCGCAGCCGAUUUUCAGAAGGAAGCGGAGAAAGUGAGAACUUUAGUCCCUUCCUCAAGGCUCUUCAAGGAUUAGGCUUCUCUGAGAAGAGCAUGGACACAAGCAAUAGUCAUUUUGUGAUCUUCGAGCUGCAGAAGGCAAGCGAGAAUAAAGAGUCACCAAGUUUGGAACAGCUCGAAUGGCCAAGCCUCAAGCCAUGUCUGUACAAGAAGCGAUGA